AUGGCAGCAACCCAGAAAGACCCCGAACAAAUCGCACUAGCCCGCAAUCUAAAGCAUGUGCCACGCACCACCAGCUACAACUCCCUCGACCUAACCUUAGAAGAAGCCCGCUACCAAGCCCGCAAACAAACCCACGAAUACAACCAAUCCUUCCCCGCCAUCCGCGGGGCCCUAGGCAAAGAACGCCUCGAAAGACUAAAAAAUCUCCUAGGUCACAUCGCCGACGAUCAAGCCUACAUCGAGCCCCCUUUCCAAGUAGACUACGGCGCCAACAUCUCCAUCGGCACCCGCUUCUACGCGAACUUCAACCUCUGCAUCCUCGACUGCGGGCUCGUCACCAUCGGGGACCGCGUCAUCAUGGGGCCGCAUGUGAGCAUCUUUGCGGCGACGCAUGAGGUUGAGGUGCAGUCACGACGGGAGAAUGUGGAGUAUGCGAAGCCGGUGGUUAUCGGGGAUGAUUGCUGGAUCGGGGGGCAUGUGGUGAUUUUACCCGGGGUGAGGGUUGGGAAGGGUGUCACCGUGGCGGCGGGGAGUAUUGUGACGAAGAGUGUGGAGGAUUGGAGUGUGGUUAUGGGGCAGCCCGCGAGGGUUGUGAAGAAGGUACAGCCGGUGGAGGAUGUGGUGGAAGAGGUGCAGGGUUAG